AUGUUAACAGAAUUCUGGCUUGUUGGCUUUCAAAUUGCUCCUAAUUUUAAGAUUCCAAUUUUUACUCUCUUUCUGUUGAUUUAUAAUUUUAUUUUGAUUGGCAAUUUACUCAUCAUUAUGAUCGUGUACAUAGGCCAUAGCCUCAAUUCUCCCAUGUACUUCUUCCUCUCUCAUUUAUCUUUAUCUGACAUUAUAUUAACCACCAUAAUAAUGCCUAAUAUGUUAUAUAUUAUUCUGAAUGAAAGAGAAUCCAUAACUCUAACUGGCUGUAUCAGUCAACUUUAUUUAUUUGGUUCCUCUGUAACAACCCAGUGUUUCAUCCUGACAGUGAUGUCCUAUGACCGUUAUUUGGCUAUUUGUAACCCUUUACAUUAUAUCACCACAAUGAAUCUCAAGCUCCGUCUUCAACUGACCACUUGGUCUUGGUUUUCUGGCUUUUUUAUAACGAUGAUUAUCGUUACUCAUAUAAGUCAGUUGGGAUACUGUGGCCCCAAUGUAAUUGACCAUUUUUUCUGUGACUCUGUCCCACUGUUGCAACUCUCAUGCUCAGAUAUCUCUAUCGUUCAACUACAGGAACUUCUUUUAGGUGUCCUUGUGACACUUUUCCCCAUGGCUUUCAUUGUUGGAACAUACAUUUGCAUUUUCCUCACUAUAAUGAAGAUCUCAACAACCACUGGAAGAGAAAAAGCCUUCUUCACUUGCAGCUCUCAUUUAUCUGUGGUUUGUUUAUACUAUGGGUCUCUGACUACACUAUAUGUGAUACCAACCAAAGGGCUUUCAGUGAAUGUGACCAAAGUGCAGUCUCUUCUAUAUAUAACCAUUACUCCUUUGGUUAAUCCCAUCAUAUAUAGUUUAAGGAACCAUGAGCUAAGAGAUGUUUUCUCUAAUUUGGCAUUUUCAUUCAUAAGAAUCUUCUUACAUUGGAUAUAUGACCUGGUCAGACUUCGGUCAAUUACAUUACAUUCUCCAUAG